AGUGCUAAGAACAGCCCUACUCAAAUCACCUUGCCCGCAAAGACACACAAGCCCCGCGCACACACGGCAGUAUCUGCAAACGCCCCGCGCACACGGCAGUAUCUGCAAACGGCCCACCAAUACGGCUGUAUUUGCAAACGCUCCGCGAACACGUCAGUAUCUGCAAACGCUCCGGGAACACGGCAGGACCUUUGAACGCCCCUCGCACCCGGCAGGAUCUUUAAACGCCCCGCGCACACGGCAGGAUCUGCAAACGGCAGCAUCUGCGCAGCACAGCCGGCUGCGUUUGCCUUAGAAGUAUGUGUUUAUAAGGUGGGGAACAGCAGACAGACUUAGAAGCUGUCCUACAGGUGUGGAUCUGUGGGGGAUCCAGAGGUCCUACCGGCUCGUUUUAUCCAGAGCGAACCCGGGAAUCAUCUCACCUCAACUUUUACACCUUCGCCUCGAGAACUAAGAUUGCCGCGCGGAAGCAUGGAUGGAAGCUGCAGCGACAGUGAGUACUGGGACCAGCUCGUGCGAAUGUGCCUGUCCUGCGAGAGGAGGUGCGAGCACAGUCAAGGUAGAUGCGUCGAAUUCUGUGCGUCGCUCCAUUGCCGAGCCAGCCCGGGGAACUUCUACGACCCGCUGCUGAAACAGUGCAUGCAGUGCGCGGAGCUGUGCGGGAGCCACCCCGUCGAAUGUGCGCAGGCCUGCAAGGCUCAACCAACCGCCCGGAGUCUGACUCGGCUUCCCGAGGACGGAGCUGCACUUACGCCGCCCACCACCAGGGGGAGCUCCUUCCCGAGAGGGGAGCACCACACGGUCAUCAUCUACUCCCUCUUGGGCCUGUGUCUGGCCGCGCUGUUCUGCACCCUGUCCGUGGCCCUGGUGGCGCUGCUGUGCAGAUCGAGGGGCCGGGGGGCCCGGGGGGCCCGCAGGGCGGGGCCCCAGGAGGAGCAGGAAACCAGCGACGACGCCCUUCACCCUUCUUCCAAAGAUCGGCUGAUGGACGCGGUGGUUGGUGGGCGGGGUCAUGAGGAGAAGAAGGCGUGGCCUACGGUGGUUGGUGGACGGGGUCAUGAGGAGAAGAAGGCGUGGCCUACGGUGGUUGGUGGGCGGGGUCAUGAGGAGAAGAAGGCGUGGCCUACGGUGGUUGGUGGACGGGGUCACGAAGAGAAGAAGGCGUGGCCUACAGAGACGUGCGUUCACUGCUUCCCCGAGCUCCGGGUGCAGCAGCGGGUCGAGGACAAGCUGCCGCCACCCAACGUCUACCAACAGGCCACGGGCAUGGCGCCCCCCUCUGAAGCCUCCACGCUACUGUACCAGGACGGCGUCGCCGUAGCGACGAACCGCCACGCCUCACUGCAUGGCCCUGGAGGGAAGGACGGCGCCCUGAGGAUCAUCUGCUCUCCAACACAGAGCGGCUGAGAGGAGACAGCGCCCCCUAGUGGCACCAGGACUGCACCACCAUCCACAUCAGGCUAGAUUUCAAGUCACAAAAAAAAAAAGACGUAUGAAGUCACAAUAUUGGGGGUCGCCUUAGGGGAGAACACGUUUAAAUGGGAUGGUAGUUUGGGGGGAUGAAGCUGCUUGGUUUAGUGGAUGGUUGUUGAUACAUGUACUGUUAUGACCUUAUUUAAAAUGUGAGACUAUGUUGUUACAGGAAAUGGGACAAAGAUAUCGAGUUCAGAAAUUGUUUCACCUUACUGACCAUAUGAGUGUGUGUGUGUGUGUGUGUGUGUCUGUUUCACAAUACAUGGACAUUAUGAGUGUGUGUAUGUAUGUCUGUGAAUAUGUGGGACAUUAUGAGUGUGUGUAUGUAUGUCUGUGAAUAUGUGGGACAUUAUGAGUGUGUGACUGGGUGUGUGUGUAUGUGUUUGUGAAUAUGUGCGUGUGUAUGUGUGUGUGGUUCUGUGCGUGUGGUUGUGUGUGCAUGUGAGUGUUAGUGUGCGUUUGUGUGUGCGUGUGUGUCUGUGUGUGUAUGAGUAUGUGUGCACAUGUGUGUCUGUGUAUGUGAGUGUGUGUCUGUUUGUGUUUGUGUGUGUGUGCAUGAGUGUGUGUGUUUGAGUGUGUGUGUGUGUGUGUGUGUGCAUGCAUGUGUUUGGCAGGCUUCAGUGUAGGAAAAACAGAGUAAUCAUCAUGGGGGAGGGAGGGAGUGUUUGCUCCCCUCUGAGCUUCCUGAGCUGUUUCAGCAGGCUUGCAUCAGCACAGCAACGACGGCAUCCAGCAACCAAUCCACACGCAGCUCGCAGUCAUCAAACAGCCAGCAACCAAUCCACACGCAGCUCGCAGUCACCAAACACCCAGCAGCCAAUCCACACGCAGCUCGCAGUCACCAAACACCCAGCAACCAAUCCACACUCAGACUACAGCUGCAAAACCGUUAGACUGAGUUGAUUUGGUUCAAAUGCAUUGUGGGGACCUCGUGACCUUACCACGGGCUAUGAAGCCUGUACACACGUGAUUUGGUUCAAAUGCAUUGUGGGUACCUCCUGACCUCACAAUGGGCUAUGAACCCUGUGCACACACAGCAUUCACCACAGCCUCUGUAAAUCUGGAGUCCUGAUUUUAGCCGUUAGCAAUGCUAAAUUCAUGUGUACGCCAUGGCUGUGUGUGUCUGACUACGAGUGUGUGUGCAUGAGCUUCUGUGGGAGUCUGUGUGUAUGAGUUUGUGUGAGAAAGAUUGUGGGAGUCUGUGUGUUUCAGUGUGUGUGCAAGAGCUCAUGUGCGAGUGUGUGUGUUUGAGUGUGUGUGAGAAGGCUUGUGCGAGUCUGUGUGUAUGUGUGUGAGAGAAAGCUUGUGUGAGUCUGUGUGUAUGAGUGUGUGUGAGAAACCUUGUGUGAGUCUGUGUGUAUGAGUGUGUGUGAGAAAGCUUGUGUGAGUUUGCGUGUAUGAGUGUGUGUGAUAAAGCUUGUGUGAGUCUGUGUGUAUGAGUGUGUGUGCAAGAGCUCAUGUGCGAGUCUGUGUGUUUGAGUGUGUGUGAGAAGGCUUGUGUGAGUUUGCGUGUGUUUGUGCAUGUGUGUGAGAAGGCUUGUGUGAGUUUGCGCGUAUGAGUGUGUGUGAGAAAGCUUGUGUGAGUUUGCGUGUGUUUGUGUGUGUGAGAAGGCUUGUGUGAGUUUGCGUGUAUGAGUGUGUGUGAUGUUGAUACUGGAGA